CCGCGAGUCCGCGACCAGAAGACCUGGAAAAUGGCGGCUGGAACUGCAGGCGCUAGCGGCCACAAAAGUGGCUCAUCGCCGCGCUUUGAGUCCACUUUGGACCGUCGUUUUCAGACUGUAUCCAACACCAUGGAAUCCAUUCAGGGACUAUCCGUCUGGUGCAUCGAGAACAAGAAAUAUCACAGCGUGAUCGUGCGACACUGGAUAAAGUGGCUGCGCAAAUCGGAUGCAGCACACAGGCUCAAUCUCUUCUAUCUGGCGAAUGAUGUCAUUCAGAACUGUAAAAGGAAAAAUGCCAUAGUCUACCGCACCACUUUCACUGAUAUGCUACCAGAAGCUAUGAAGCUCAUCAGUGCCACAAAGGAUUCUAAGGUGAACAAGUCAGUGGUGAGGAUACUGUCCAUUUGGGAAGAGAGAAAUGUCUAUUCCGAGGAGUUCAUCAGUCAGCUGAGGAACAAUUUGGUUCGGAAAGAAGAACCAGUGAAAGUUUCAGCUCCAGCUCCAGUCAACACCAGAUCAGCCCUGAAAUCCAAGAUUGUCGCUGAGUUUGUGCCCUCAGCGUUUAUCGAGCAUCUGUCCACGUACAGGAAUUCAAUGGAUGAGAUUGAGCUCAAAGAGAAACAGUUAGCUGCAAUGAGAGUGGAUGUGUGCAGCACAGAGGCCCUGAAGAAACUGAAAGACAAGGCAGGAGGUAAAAGGUUUUCUAAAGACUUUGAAGACGGGAGCACAAAGCUACAGGAGUUUGUUUCCUUUCUGGAUGGAGAGGUGAAAAAAGGCCCUCCUUUGAUGGAAGCUCUGGAGAGUGCAGACAUUUUCUACGAGAUGCAAUAUAAAGAGGUCAAGAUUGUGGCUAAAGCCUACGAGACAUUUGCGAACCGGGUGUCGCACCUUAAGCGCAAACUCGAUGCAAUGAAGGCCAUGGUACCUGAUCCAGAUGACUCCCCCGUCCCCUCUCCCAUUGAAGAUGCCCCUUCACCAACGGGCUCCGUGUCACCCUUCGACGCUCUGGAAAGGAUUGGUACCCCAGACCCAGAGCUGGAUGGGCAGGCGAUGGAGGAGGACCUUAUUGCUUUGGCUGAUGCUCCCAGCCCCCUCUCAUCUGAUGGGGGUUCCCCACCACCAAGUGUCUCUGUGGGAGAAAAAGACAAUCGUGACAUAGAGGACAUGGAGCUUUCGGAUGUAGAGGAAACAGAAACUCCUGCCAUCAUAGUAGAGGAACGUGUGGCCCCUGCUGUUGUGUCCAAACAGUCCUCUGUCUCUCCAAAUGUCACAGAAUCUUUACAAACAAAUGAAGGCACACAAACAAAGCAGAUCAUGACCACAGCAGUGGCAGUUCCCUCAACAGUAACAACAACCACAACAACCACAACCACACCAACCACACAGUCACUGCCAGUCAACCUUGCAGGCGUUGAUCUGGGCAAGAUCAGCUCCAUCCUCAGCACAAUCACAAACGUUAUGAAGAACUCAGCUGUAGGAGUAAGUCCUGUAUCUCGGUCUUCCCCAAGUGUACCUUCCACUCCAAGCUCAACUCAGAAGACUCCCCCUGCUACUGCCCCUCCAGCCAAUCCGCUGGCCAGCAUCCUUUCUAGGGUGGACAUCAACACCAACACUCUGCUCAGCGCUUUAUCCAAAACACAAACCCAGGGGGGUUUUCAGGGUGAGAGCUGGAAAAAUCUGUCAUCUUUGCUAAAUAACCCGGCUGCAAAGACCACCACAACUUCAAUUUCUGACAAGCAAUCUCCUCCUCCUCUAACAGCAGAGACUCAUACAACUCCUAAAGUGUUACCUACUCCAUCUAGUGUCCCAUUGGCCAGGGAUCCUACCUCUCAAGGAUGUGUGGAGCCUACUCCUUUGCAGGCCAAUAUUUCGAAUGAAAAAGUAGAUCCUGGCUCUUCUCUCAACUCUACCCUAGACUGCAAGAUUGAUAACUUACUCCAAGGGAACGCAGGACUGAAAGGCAUUAAUUUAGGAUUUCCAUCUAUUCUGCCAUGGCCUAAGGUAACUGUUGAUAGCCCUUCAGCAAGUGCAGACAACCUUGGAGGAACCCCUGUAAGGGAUGAAGCUGGUGCCACACCAACGCAAGACGAAAUUAUGGAUGAUCCCCAAACAGAGCCAUUCCCAUAUCAGCAGGGGCAAACAGUGUCUACGUCCACAGCUUUAGAUGCUAAAUCAACACCUUGGCAGGUACAAAAUGCUCACACUGAUCCACAAGCUCAUAUGGAAAUUCACCAGAAGUUUGAACCAAAAAAAGACUUUCGAACCUCUGUGCCCUCUCUUGCCGAGGCAGAAGCAAAGCGACAUCAACUCAUUGAAGCUAUGCGUUCUUCUUCUAUGUCCAGCAACCAACAACCUUUGAGAGACAGUGUAGAGGCCACCGAGAGAUCCGGUGUGAUGCGUCAAAAGCUGAGACAAAACCCUGUAAUCCAUGAUGUGGGACCAAAUCCUAAACUGGUGGAAGGCAGCUACGCAUAUCGAGAUAAUCAAGAGAAGCAAGUGUUGGCCAGCUCUGACACAUACAAUGCAGAAACAUACCUUGCCAAAGAACCAAGACAGGAUCUCGCUGCACCUAAUUUCUUUACCACACCUCUCCCACCUAUCCCAAAUCUUCCUCCUCCACCUCAAGACUUCAUGCCUCCUGCAUCUUCUUUGAGGGCAAGUGGUCCUUGUGCUACCAGGGAUUUGCAGGAACCUUUCGGUGAAGCAGAGCGAGGUGGUGUUGAUAGCUCACGUGCCCCAGGAAACUUCGAUUAUGAACGCUUGUCUCAUGAGGUUCCAAACAAGGAGCCUUUCUAUCCACAUGGGGAUGGGGCUUCUCACUCUGCUCAUGCACCACACCAUGCUCCUAAUAUCCCACCGAAUGGUCCAUUGGACUACAACCAUCAACAUCCACCAAGAGUACCUCUGCAGAAUCCUCCAAGUAUACCCCAUCACCGCAUUGGUUCUCCUCCUCCAGUAAGGGGUUACCAUGAAGCCCCAAGUCCUUCUCGAGCUUUGCCUGAAGAUCCGUACUUUGACCCAUAUUACGACCAUCCACCACAUAGCCCAUCUUCCCCUCAUUACGACAUGCACCCGAUUUCAGCACCAGAGUAUUAUCCUGAAGAAAUACCACCUCACUAUCCAGAGCACAGGGUUCCUCCUCAUCUGGAGCACAGGCCUCUACCGCCACACCUUGUUCGUCCACCUCACCCUGGGCACUAUCCACCUCCAAGGCCCCUUCGUCGGCCACCACCGGUCCACCAUGAGCUGCCCUUUCCAAGAGGCAAGCGACCCGGCCCACCCUUUGGUGGACCUCCCAGAGUCAGGGGCCCAUUUUAUCCCCCAAAAAGACCUUACUUGCCUCCACAUUACUGAAGUGUCUAUUGUGAUUCUUAUGCUCAAGUGUUUAGUGCAUGUCACAGUGAGCAAGUAAAAUCCAAGUGCUGUUGGGUUAUCAGCAAGUCAAAGAUUGCUGUGGACAAUGACGCGAAGGGGAUGGUGUUGAACUCCUUCACGAGAUCACAACAGAGAAGUGCAAAUUUAUUCAAGUUACCAGGGGGAUGCAACCAGAUCACUAAACUCUUGAGCAAGAUCUGUUCUGUUCCAUGAUCAAGACAUGUAAACCAUGAGCAGUUGUGCGGCAAGAUGUCAAGGAGCACUGGAGCAGAGAAAUGGAAAGAAUAUCUGGCGUGGAAUGAGAUGGAAUCUGAAGGCAGACAAAACAAGAGGUGGUUAUUCUAUUUCAUUUCAUCAAUUCUUUAAUUCCUAUAGUUUUUCUGUCUAGUUCUAUAAAAAAAUUCAAAUGUAAAAGUUAAUUCAAAAUGUCCUUUCCCUUAGUAAAAAUGUUUGCGCAUGUAUCUUGCGAAUAUCCUUGGGAAAGACCUCAACGUUUUUUUUGGAACAACAUUUAAUUAAGAUUGAUAUGUAAUAUUUUUUUACUUCUGAAGUUAAGUUCUACUGAUGAUCAAGCUAUAUUGUUAUGCAAAGCUGGUAGUUUUGAUUCACCACAUCUUAUUUUGUACUUGUAAUUAAAUGUAGCCCUAACAGGUAGUUAAGCUUCAUUAUCGUCUGUCAUGGAGAAACAGCAGUGUAGAGAAAAAGUAAUCUUUACCAUUUUGAGGCAAGGUCUUGAGGUGUACAGAGUCAAGCCGUUUUUGCCAACAGUGGCAGAAGACACAGAAGAAAAGAAGUUGUCGGGCAGAAUCAUCAUGGCCUCCCUCAGUUCCCAGAGGCUUUUACUGUACUGAUUUAAAUAAAGAUGUGUUUCAAAACAAAACAAAACACUGUGGGGAA